UGAGUCCUGGGUCUGGGGUCCGGGUCCGGGGCGGGGGGCAACCUAGCCCGGACACCAUUCCCUGCAUGCAGUGGGUUCACCUGAAGUCGCCAGACUGCAGGCCAGCGGGGAAGGCGAGGUCUGAUGCAGAGGCGCUAGGGGCAGGAUUUCAGAGCGGGAGAGUGGGACUGGGCGGGCGGUGUUUGCGGACAGGUGGAAGAGACCUGCUGGGGGAUCCUGGUGCAGGAUUUGCACCUGCAGCCAGACAGGCGUGCCCGAGCCGCGGGCCGCAGAGCUGAGCUCGCUUGUGUCUGGAUGAGUCAGGACCGAGGUCUCCGGAAGCUUUUAUAGGAGGGGGCUCUGCGAGGGCCUGGGAAAACCAGCAAAGGGGACAGACUGCACCGCAUAUAACUGCACCUGAGCCUCAGGAGCCCUGAAGACAGGCUCCUUCAACGAGUCGCCGCGUGGUCCUGGGCCAGCCUUGGGGCCCCACGCGGCUUGCUGGUAGCGGAAGGAGCGCCUUUGCCGCAGUUCUGCCCGUUCACCGAGAAGGAACCCCUUGGCGUCCGGCUCCGCCGAGAUCAAAGCCACGGGAACAUGGACAGUGAGGUGCAGCGGGAUGGAAGGAUCUUGGAUCUCAUCGACGACGCUUGGCGGGAAGACAAGCUGCCUUACGAGGAUGUGGCGAUACCGCUGAACGAGCUGCCUGAACCCGAGCAGGACAACGGCGGCACCACGGAGUCUGUCAAAGAACAAGAAAUGAAGUGGACAGACCUGGCCCUGCAGUACCUGCACGAGAACGUGCCCCCCGUCGGGAACUGACGCCCCGCCUCUCUCACCACGGGUGUUUUGAGAAUACAUACACAGGAAACGUCUCUUAACCUCCUGAGUCAGACUGGUGGGAAACCAGCGCUCCGAGCCGCGUGCCCGCCUGGCCUGUGGCAGCGCACGUCUCGGGAGCGCAGACGGUCUGGCUCCGUACCCCUGGAGCUCUGCCGUCGCUCACCCGAGUUUGAACAUGGUUGCUUCAGCGUUUACCUUUCUGGCUUCGCUUCACCGUCAAAGCGCCACACUCCCAGCCACUUAGACAGUUCCUGUGACGCGGGUGAUUGAAAAUGCCGAAGAGGAAAGGAGGGAGCAGGCCUCGGACCGCUCCGAACUCCUGGUUCCCCACUUGCAGAGGUGCUCUGAGGGCACUUGGUCUGUAGCUGUUAGGGCUACACAGAUCUCUCGUGCCCUGGGCACUGUGACGCCAGAGCUCCCCCGUGCCGUUUGCAGAUUUUGGAUUAAUUUACAGAUUUAAAAAGUGUCUCUUCCCCUACAGCUUCCUUUGGUGCUGCUGGGAAGAACCUUCAGCUAGGUGGACCACGAAUCGUAUCUAAUAAUAAUGGCAUAUCUUCAUUUCCCUAAGCCCUUUCACAUGGAACCAGAGCACCCUCACGUCAGGAUUUAGCUAACCGCUUGUUUCAGUAAACACUUUGCAAAACACA